AUGCCUCCAGCUUCCACCAUCACUGCCGCCACCAUUGUCUCGAUCGCCAAUGCGACAAAGACUGCUGCUAUUGUCUACGACACUGUUCCUGUCGACAAACUUGAUGCGGCCUUUGCUGACUAUAUCGAUCUUGCGGUUUCGACGCGCGGUGGUAAAGUGUUGUACACUUCUGACGAGUGGUUCGCAGAGUCUCACAACCUACUUACGGCCGCGGCCCCGAUCUCGCGCAAGGGUCACUUCACGCCCAAGGGAGCCUGGUUUGAUGGCUGGGAGACUCGUCGCCAUGGGCCCGACUAUGACUGGUGCGUGAUCCAGUUGGGUUACCCAGGCACGAUCGCAGGAUUCGAGGUCGACACGGCCUUCUUUACGGGAAACCACUCCCCCUUUGUUUCUGUGGAGGGUUACAUAGCUGAUUCGCCUUCUCUUGCGACCGCUGCUGGUUCUGUUGGAGUGAACGGUCUUGGCUCUCAUCUUCAAGGCCUUGGUGACAAUGUUACUGUCCCGGACUCGGCCGAGGGAUGGGCUAACAGCGACCAUUGGGUUCCUAUUCUGCCCAAGGUGGCCCUGAACCCGGACGCGCGUCAUGGGUUCAAGCUCGGACAGUCCACCGAAUCAGCAUUUACCUAUAUUCGAUUUAGAAUGUAUCCUGAUGGUGGAGUGGCUCGUCUUAGAGUCUAUGGAAAGGUACAACAGGUCCUACCGGAGGAUAAAGGCGAAGUCUUUGACCUGGCAGCGGUUGGCGCUGGUGCGACAGUUGAGUCGUUCUCGGACGCACACUUUGGACAUCCGUCUAAUUUGCUGUUGCCUGGACGCGGGCAUGAUAUGUCCGACGGAUGGGAAACCAAGCGAUCGCGUGCUCCCGGACAUGUUGACUGGUGCCUCAUCAGGUUGGGUAUUGCUGGUCAUCCCACGUCGGUUGAGGUUGACACUGCUCACUAUAUGGGCAAUCCUCCCAAGUCAGUGACCCUUCAUGGCUUCAUGGCCUCUGAUACCUUGCAAGAGAAUCCUAUUGUGCUUCUCGAUGAAGCGCCCGUAAAGCCGCACAAGCAGCACUUUUUUGAGAUUCCUGGCUCUGUCAGCUCGCAGGCCAUUUCCACUAUCAAGGUGGUCAUGAUUCCUGACGGAGGCAUCAAGCGCGUCCGGGUCUUUGGAUCUCAGUCCUGGCCAGCCAAUCCCAUCCCUGCGGACUCGCUCAUCGGAAAGCACCAGCCCUUGCCAGAUGAACACACGUGGAACCUCCUAACGAUCAAUGCAGAACCUAUUACGAAGGAAGCGUUUGCGCCCUGGGGCCAAGUCGUGGAGGUCCCUCUGUAUGAUCCGAACGCAAUCAAGGUUAAUCAAGGAACCGCGCAAAAGUUCUCGCACAUCGGCCGCUUUGCCAAUUGGCGGUCCUAUGCGCUGGAUGAUGAGGCGAUCACUCUGAAUGGUAACAAGUCCCUAGACAAGGUUCGUCCUGAGGGUAUUGCACCUGCGACUGCCAACGUUGCGAUCUUCCAGUGCUACAAGCCGGUCGAGACUCGAGAGAUCGGGGUCAAGUUACUGGAGCGACAUCCGUAUUCGUCUCAGAUGUUUGUUCCGAUGGGCGGGGAUGGCAAUGGCGGGUUCGUGGUCGUGGUGGCCAAGGACCGGGCAUCGGAUGGUAUGCCUGACCUGACUACACUGAAAGCGUUUACGGUCAAGAACAGCCAGGGGAUCAAUUACAAACCCAACGUGUGGCACCAUCCAAUGAUUGUAACAGACAGGCCGGUUACGUUCCUGACGAUCACGCAUGAGUCUGGUGUGGGCAAGGAUGAUUGCGAGGAGUACUGGUUCAAGAAGGAGGCGGAGUCUGCUGGAUCCGAAGGAGGUAUCGCAGCUGUUGUUCGUAUCUAA